GCAGGGCCCCAGAGCGGCACCCGGUAAUUCCACGGUACAUUGUGUGCAUUUGCAUCUGUUUAACCAGCUAUUUACGGCCGCCCUUUACCGCCACCUGUAAGAGGCAGCGCCAUAAUGACACUGCCUGAGUGGCUGGGCCGGGAACCCGGUUCCCAGUGGUUUUCUGCACUUGAAGACGCCGGAAUCUGUGAAGUGGUUGGCACUUGGGAGAAACAGACAGUUGGGAACACCACAAGUAGAGGGCGGGAGGCGCACCAGACGGAGGGUCCUUCAUUCCUCAUUAGCUCCGCUCGGUGGCUCCUUUUCCAUUCUCACAACCUCGAGAAGGAACCUGCCGAGCUUUCGGUGCGGCUUGUUUCCUGCCUGAUAAAGAGCUCGCUGCCAUUUGGAUUCCACGGGUUUCUGAAUCACCCAGGGGCCUGGUGAUCUUAAGGAGGGUGGGGACCGGAGCGCUGGGGUGGGAGCCGCAGUCCCCACCUCUAGUCGCAUACCACCUCCUCGAGUCUGGAAAGAGGCUUGCGGAUGUGAUGUGGAGCGGCGAGGACACCUGCGCUCCGGUGCGUGCAGCACUCGUGCGGCUCCGGAUGGCGAACGGGGGCUCAGCCCCAGCGCUCGCUCAGCCGCCGGGAGCACCCAGAGGGACGGGAGGUAGCCGCGCGGCCCGGAGCUGGGUAGGGUCCCCAGCCGCCAUGGAUAGCGACGACGAGAUGGUGGAGGAGGCGGUGGAAGGGAACCUGGAUGACGACGGAUUACCGCAUGGGCUCUGCACGGUCACCUACUCCUCCACAGACAGAUUUGAGGGCAACUUUGUUCAUGGAGAAAAGAACGGCCGGGGGAAGUUCUUCUUCUUUGAUGGCAGCACCCUGGAGGGGUAUUAUGUGGAUGAUGCCCUGCAGGGCCAGGGAGUUUACACUUACGAGGAUGGAGGAGUUCUCCAGGGCACGUAUGUAGAUGGAGAGCUGAAUGGUCCAGCCCAGGAAUACGACACUGAUGGGAGGCUGAUCUUCAAGGGGCAGUAUAAAGAUAACAUUCGGCAUGGAGUGUGCUGGAUAUACUACCCAGAUGGAGGCAGCCUUGUAGGAGAAGUAAAUGAAGAUGGGGAGAUGACUGGGGAGAAGAUAGCCUAUGUGUAUCCUGAUGAGAGGACUGCGCUUUAUGGGAAAUUCAUUGAUGGAGAGAUGAUAGAGGGAAAACUGGCCAUCCUUAUAUCCACUGAAGAAGGGAGGCCUCACUUUGAACUGAUGCCUGGAAACUCAGUGUACCAUUUUGAUAAGUCAACUUCAUCUUGUAUUUCUACUGAUGCUCUUCUUCCAGAUCCUUACGAAUCAGAAAGGGUUUAUGUUGCCGAAUCUCUCAUUUCCAGUGCUGGAGAAGGACUGUUUUCAAAAGUAGCAGUGGGACCUAAUACUGUUAUGUCUUUUUAUAAUGGAGUCCGAAUUACACACCAGGAGGUUGACAGCAGGGACUGGUCCCUUAAUGGGAAUACCCUCUCCCUUGAUGAAGAAACGGUCAUUGAUGUGCCUGAGCCCUAUAACCACGUAUCCAAGUACUGUGCCUCCUUGGGACACAAGGCAAAUCACUCCUUCACUCCAAACUGCAUCUAUGACAUGUUUGUCCACCCCCGUUUUGGACCCAUCAAAUGCAUCCGCACCCUUCAAGCUGUGGAGGCCGACGAGGAGCUCACUGUUGCCUACGGCUAUGACCACAGCCCCCCAGGAAAGAGUGGGCCUGAAGCCCCUGAGUGGUACCAGGUGGAGCUGAAGGCUUUCCAGGCCACCCAGCAAAAGUGAACGGCCAGACUCUUGGGGUUCAGAAACCCAGAAUAGAAACUUGGAUCUAUGCACUACGUUUAUCUGACAACCAGGGACUGCUCGUGCUGUGACAUCACAUCCUCUCACCCUGAGUUAGCAACGACUUUCUCGCAUACUAACUAGGUUUGACUGUAUUACUCAUACCAGAUUUAAAAUUAGCUAGCCUUGCAACAACUUCCUACUGAGAGGUAUUGUCGAGCAUUUGACAUAAGACAGCGUGAUGUUCUUUGGUGGUUCAAAUCUAAAUCUGUACCACAUUCAGAGAUGCCAAAUGAUUAGACUGAAAAAGGGAAAUGGGAUUUUUCAGUCAUUUUUAGAAAGUGGUUUUUCCAUGAUGUUUUUUUCCUACGGCCAAUGCAAAGUGUAUUAUCACACUUGCAUACGUGCUAUACUGAGGGUAGAGAAUUACUAUAUCUUCAUUCUCUAACUGUAGUAUAAUUUGCCUUUUAACCUUUGAUCUGUAUCUUGCAAUAGAAUGGCUUUGUUUUUUUCCUAGUGAAUAGAAGCCCACUUUUUGAGUCAUUUCACCCCUCAGUCCUAUUCUCUCUCUUAGAUAUCCUUUACAAGAGAAAACUUCCAAAUGGAUUUUGCAUCAGUAGCAGUAUGUAGAUCUCUGGUUCUUUCUAUAUCAUUAUUUCAUUAUUAUGUCCUAAUAUAAAAUACUGGCUCUUAGGGCCGGGUAUUAUUAUAGAAUAUAAUUCUCGCAUGUAAACAAAGAUAUCUUUGCUUUCAGAUGUGAGAAGAAAUGAAUUUACUUUGUUUGCAUUAAGUUAUGGGAGAGCUGUAAUAUAUACUUUAAGAAAGAAGAGAAGAAAAUUAGAAUUUCUAAGCAGUAACUGUGGCAAUUUUGCAAUAUCUUCAAUAGUGCUAGUAAUUUUUUUCUCCUUGGGUACACAUUAAAUGUACAUAACACAGCACAGUCUGGCUUGUGACACAGUGCAUUGAAUUCAGAAGUCAAAUAGCAACUUUGAGUUCUAACAAUUCAAAAAAAAUGUUUAAAUCAGUACUAUUAAGGCAGACAUAUUGAUCACUAGGAACAAAUCAAACUUUAAUGCUAAAACUCUUCAUUGUAAUUUCAAAGCACUUAUCUGCUUCGAAGCAUUGUAAACUGAGAGUUAACACCUGUAUAGUUUAAAAGCAGCAAUAUCCAAUAGCAUUUCAGCCAUUUUGCCAGCCAUGUAUAAUCACAACUGCAGAAAUAAGGAGAAACCCCGUUUUUUAGUUUAGUUAAUUAGAUCUGUAACAUAACUGGGAUUGCUCUGACUGAAUUCUGAGAGUUCUGGUUUUUGUAAGCACCCUCACCACAAGCCAUCACCCACCAUGUCUUCUUUAGACACCUCGAUGAAGUGGCUGGAAGAAGUGGAGAGCUGCGAGUGCUCUGAACUGUACCUGUCAACAGUGGCUCCUGUCACCCGAGUCCCUUGGGUCUAGAAAGCUGAAGUCCAUCAAGCCAUAGCAGACAGCGAGCUCUGGCUGAUUAGGGAGGCUUGCUAGGAGCGGAAGAAGUGUAAGGAAGGAGGCUGGAGGAUGUUUGCUAUUUCUUGUCAGCUACACAUUUGCUUUAUGAAGACUUCAACAAAAGUGGUGAUCCAAGGCUGACAAGAAUAUUCAAUUCAGGCAGCCCCUGGGCACGAGAUUUAGCCCCCAAGAAAAUAAGAGUCAUCCUUUAUUUCUUUGCCUCCUGGAGCGCCUGGCUGCAGGGUUUGCAGCUAUACAGUGGUGGUUUCAGGCAGAUCCAGUUGGAUCCCUGUUUGAAAGCUUAAGCUGAUGGUUCACACGUGAGAGGAAGUUGUCAAGGCUUCCAUUAAAAGGAACUGAAUAGUGUUUUUAGAGUAAAAGGCAUUGAGAUAGGAUCGCUUCUAUUCUGUUGAAAGAGACUGUUCUGUAAACUCUGACGGAAGAGAAGUCUCUGGACUUGUAUAUUCUGAUAGGUGCUUUAAUUUAAAUAUGUCCCAAAUGAGUCUUCAGGAGAAAGAUGGCUUUCAUUAACCCCAGUCAGGUGGGUUACAGAGGCAGGCCAAGGAGAGGAUGGUGCAGUUUACACUACUCCCAGGCAGCUAUGCUCUGAAUGAAUGCUCUCUUAAGGGUGAAAGCCUUCUGGUCAGGGCUGCAGUGGGGAAUAAUUUCUGUCCUAAGAAUACUCUAAUUAUUACAUUCAAAUGUAAUUUUUAAAAAUUUUGGAUAAAAGGAAUUGAAGAGUUCUAAGUAAUGAUUAACCAGCUAAUCAAUUCUUCAAAUCAGAUAUUGAAUAAUAACACUCUGAGCUUAAAACCCAGUGGUGUGUCUGACCUUCAGACAAUCAGAGGAAGCCACGCACCCAGGCUGAGCCCGACUCUGUCUUUCUCCUUAACUCUCUUCCUUCCUCACUCUUGUCUGGGAAAAUGCCCAGGUGUCCCUGUGUAACAAUAGCCCCAGCCCAUCUCUUUCCUUCCAAGUCCUCCAUGUUCUGAGCGCUCACCUCCCCGUUGAGUCUCUCUCUGACUCUCUGCAUGUGCCUUUCAGGACGUCCCCUGUGUGUACCUCUCCCCGUUUGCCUGUGUCUCCAACUUUGUCCCCACUGCUGUCCCCCAGACCCCCUCUCAUUCACACACAUUCCCAAAUGUAAGUCAUAGGUGGAAUCAGAGGGGGCUUGAGAGUCACUGAGUUCUGUAGGUAGGGAAAGAAGUCGAGGGGGUGAGGAUCCCUAAGGAAUUGACUGUUGAGGAAGUAAGGGUUUGUUCCUUGUUGGAACUAAAAUGUGAGUGGAAAAACCUCAGGAUGUAUUUUUCUAUUUUCCAUCCUCUGUGGAAGGAAAUGUGUCAGGAAGCCGCCAAAUCCGGUCACUUCAUCAGCAUCAUGCAACAGAAAUGUGGACAAUUCCGUGUGAAGGGGGGAAUAAAGAAAUAACUUCAUGCUGUCCCUAAAAACAGUGGAGGCCUGUGUGUGCAUGGCCCUGUGGUCUCGGGGGAUUCGCUCAGAGCUGUCUCAGUCCAAUGCCUGCAUGUCUAGAUCUUUCCCUAGCAUCUUUUCUAUGAUGAACUAUUAUCUUGUGUUAGAGUUAGGAAUAGGAACUAAUCUGUAGGAGCAUGUCCCUAAAUGGACAUUUGAAUGACUGACAGAAACAACUGUAAGGACUGAAUUUCUGACACAAAGGAAUGAUGAGAUUUAGAAGCACAGAUGAGGAGGACGUGAGUCUCAUAGUGCCUAUUCUUAUUUUUAACCUGCUUCAUUCCUGGUCUACCUGAGAAAGAAGGAAAUGAGUUUUUCAAGACCUCUUUUUGAAAGGUGUCUGGGGCUGCAGUGAAACCUAUUUGCCUCUGAGGGUUCUUCAAACUUGAAAAACUAUUUCCUUAUCACCAACAACCCAGAAAGGCCAAUGAGUCCAAAUGUAACCAUUUCUAACAUUUAAUUUCACUAUCAAAAUUGCAUUAAUUGUGAACAGUGAAUUAAAGGGUCGUCUUCUCAGUGAUACAGUAUAUGGCACUUUUAGUAAAUUUCAUUUAAUAUAUAAAAAUUUAAGUCACUCACUGCAAAGUGCAGUGACACUUUAAAAUCUUUAAAAUCUUCCAAGAAGGUAGAAGUAUAGUUUUCUGUUUUGCUUUGUUUUAAAACAUUUGCCUCAAGUUUCUGUCUUAAAAGUAAUGAUUUAGAAUCCAGACAUCUUUUAUUUUAGAAAAACAAACAAAAUGAUGUUGCAAGACUGACAGUUGUAAUGUUAUUUGCCACAGAUCAAAGGUUCACAAAAUAUAUUAAAUUUACAUCUACUUGAGGUACCUUGACAGAUUGUUUUUUUCUUUGAUCUUUCCCUUCAGGAAUUUGGAGCCUCGGUAUCAUUUUUUUUUUUAAAUACUAAAUUUUAAUAGUUUUCUUUUGCCAAAUGUGUGCAUAUUCAAAGCAAUGAAACUAUUUCAAGCCAUACAACCACAGGGGUGGAAAUCCUUUACACAAAUUUUAAUGUGUUUGUAUGUAAAUAGACGUUUGUAUGAAAUAUUUUCAUGGUAGAAUGAAUAUAUUUAAAUGAAGUUGAAUUAGUCCAGUGCUAUUUAAACACAUUACAAAAAUUUUGGUGAGAAUUAUCUGAGUCUAAUUGAGAUGUAAUGCAGAUCAAUUUUGAUUUUUGAUUUUUAAAAAUCAAAAGCCUACAAAUUACUCUGACUCAUAGCAACUGCCUUGGCAUUGUUGCAUCUGAUGUGGAGAGAGCUCGUAGGCUUCCCCAGUGCCUCAGCCGCUUCCUGGUGGUAAGUUAGGUGCUAAUGGAGGUGUGUUCACCUUUAGCGAUAUCACUACAGGCCUUUCAGGGGCCUGAGAGUGAAUCAGAGGCAUUAGAGACACCGGUGCAGUUAUCCGGAGCACAAUUUCUUGCAGGGCAGCAGAAUCAGAAGCCAGACUUGGCCAUGGGAACCGCAGAACUGGGUCUCCUGGCCGCCACCAACCGCCACCCUUACUGCCUAGUCACACACACGUCAGGGAGGCUGCCCUCAGUGGAGUUGGGGUUCAGACCCCAGGGUGGGACUUCACGGUUUUGCCAGCAAUCUUGCCUUCUGACCUCCACCUCCCACAGAGGAAGGAGAAGGAAGCAGCUGGCAAGGGGCCCAUUUCUCAGCACAGAACAUUUCCUGUCUCAGGUCUGGAAGACUAUGCACCUACGCACCCAACUUCCAACCAGAGAGAGAGACGUCCUCAGAUAAUGGAAAUCCUUGCUUCCUCUGUCUGUGACUUUACACACAGUUGUUAGAAAUUGUUUUAAUAUCAAAACCAAUCACAUCUCUAGGACAUACCUCCAAACUCUGCUGACCCUUACAUUACUGAAAAAACAAAAACAAAAAGUCCUUUAUGAUGAUAUUCAACUUGAGUGGUUCUUUUUUUCCACUUUGGUCCUAGAUAUAAUGAAAUGAUAAAUAUUAUGACAAAUUUUCACUGUGUAUAGCAGCAAUAUGAACACACAUGCUAAUGUACCUUAACAUAUCUACUUGGUUACAUUUUGGGUUACCAUAAUGAAUCUUGAUUUACGUAUUGGGACAGUACAGGGAGUCCAUGAUGCCUGCUUACCUAACAUAUUAAGAAAGUUAUGUCCAUGAGUUUGAGCCCCCUACUCCAAAACUUGUUCCCUAGGUUUUCUAUGUUCUCUUUUUAUCCUGAAAUCCAUUUAUUAGGUUGUGAGGUGUAUUUAAGGAGUAGAAGUCAUGGGUAUGCUUUCGGCAUUUAUCGCAACCAAAAGUUAACCCCAUCACAGUUAAAGAGCAUCUUUGGUCUUUUGUGGAAUUUGAACUAAAUCUAUGAGCCUUAUUCAAUAUCUAUAAUUCUACAAUUUUUUUAAAUUAGGGGAAAUUAAUGAAAGAUGUUUACAUGAACAAUGUUUGCCCUUACCGUGUUAUGAAUGAGUUUUUUGUAGUGUGUCUGGGUGCAUGUGCAAGAGAGUAGGAAAAAUGUUUCUGAAACAAAACUUGACAAAUAUUUGUAAUGAAAAGUAAAUUUAAAGAUUGCUAUAAUUGUGCUAUAGAAACAAUGCAAGUAUUAAACAAAAUAUACAAUCA